CAUUUAAUAUCCUAAAGCUGCAAAAAAUAUUGUUUCAUUUUCAAUCUAUCCAUACAGUAAAUUACUCCUCUCCUACCACAGCCCCUGGGCCAUGGUACAUCAGAGUGUAGCGGCUACAAUAUGAGCGUCACUCCAACCACCACCCUGGACAGUCAGCUGACCACUACCUGGGGCCCUACUAACUCCUACCCUGAUGUUCCAAUGGUGAUGUCUGGUUACACAAGUCGACUGUGGCCUCAUGACUCCCAGCCUCAGUUCUGGAGUAAGUACCAGGUGUGGGAGUGGCUGCAGCAGGUCAUGGACAUGCACCAGAUCGAUGCCUCCAACAUUCCCUUCCAAAACUUUGAUAUGGACGGCCAUCAGCUCUGCAGCCUGAGCUACCAGGACUUCAUCCGUGCUGCAGGCAGUGUGGGACCCAUUCUCUUCCACAGCCUCACAGAGCUCAAGUGGAGCGGACAGUACCAUGUGGAAAUAGGGCAACUGGAACUCAAACCAGAACUAGACUUUUCCUGUCCAUUUCCAGAUGUCAGCUAUCCCCCUGGAGAAAUCUACGACCCCUCGAUCCACCCCCUUGCACCUGUUGCCUCUCCCACCCCCUCUAGCCCUGACAUAAAAAGAUCUUACAGUCGCCCGCAUCAGGUCAAAAAACACAACCCACGGGGGACCCACUUAUGGGAGUUCAUCAGGGACAUUCUACUGAACCCUGAGCGCAACCCAGGGCUGAUAAAAUGGGAGGAUCGGACAGAGGGGGUUUUCCGCUUCCUAAAGUCAGAGGCAGUGGCACAGUUAUGGGGCAAGAAGAAGAAUAACAGCAGCAUGACCUAUGAGAAACUCAGUCGUGCAAUGAGAUAUUACUACAAGAGGGAAAUCCUAGAACGAGUAGACGGACGCAGACUGGUUUACAAAUUUGGAAGGAAUGCGAGAGGAUGGAGGGAGUCAGAGAAGUGACAUUUUCAUUAAUUUAUGUUUUCUUUGAUGUUGUCUGAUGUCUGAUGUUUUAUUGUAGUUUUUACUGACUGUUUUUGAUAAGACAUGUUUGGACUGUUUACACAUUGUUAAUCAUUGUUUGUAUCUUUUUUUUUCUUUGAAUUUAUCCCUUUGCUGUGACGCUGCACUGAAAUGUUCUUUACUGUGCCUUAUCAAAAAAAAAAACAACAACAAAAAAAAAACAUACAAAAAACAUUGCUUAUUAUAUCAGCCGUCAACCUUCACAUACAUGUUUACAUAAGAUCUCAAAAAAGAAAUAAUAUUAAACUGUCAAAAAGCUUAAAUAAAACAUUUUUUCUCAUAUUAUAUCAAAUCAGUUACUUUCUUUAAGUCCCAAAGGAACACAUGCUGAUAUAACAUUUGAAAUACAUGUGGAAAACAGGCUGGAUGCUGGAUGUGUUUUGACAUUGACACUGUGAAGUGUCCUUUGGGAAGGAUGCUUGAUCACUGUAUAAAAAAAACAAAAAAACAUUAUAAUGAUAAAAAAAACAGACCAUAAGCACAAUGCAGCAAUGAAAUACUAGAAUGCAUUAACAAGAGAAAAAUUAUA